AGGCCAAACAAGAUAAUAUUACGAAAUUUCCAGAAAUUACGAGAGCAUAGGCAGAACAGAGCUUCAGUCAUAACUGGACCAAAACAAAACUUGAAAAAUAUAAUUAUAAUAAAUCGUAAUAUGGCAUCUCUAAGGUCUGUGGCUACAGCGACAACCACAGCAGCUAUAGCUGCCGUUGCCUUCUCUUCUUUUUCUUCUUCCUCGUCAAAAUCUACACCCACCAAACCCCAUAUCCAAUCUCUUUUUUCUUCACAACCUCUUUCAGUUUACUCCCCAAAUAGAUUGCCUCUUGUCAAGAACUUCUUCACCCCACCUUCAGCGCUUCACAUGGACUCUUCUUCAUCUAAUCACACACCCACCUCCCAGGGUGUUGUGGACUUGCCGGAGCUUCUAGUCAGUUCAAUUCUUGAUUUAAUUCUGAUUCAUACAGAAUACAUGGUGGACAUGAAGUGUGAGGGUUGUGUUAAUGCUGUCAAAAAUAAGUUGCAAACUGUUGAUGGAGUCAAGGAUGUUGAGGUAGACUUGACCAAUCAAGUAGUCAGGAUUUUGGGUUCUUCACCUGUGAAGAUUAUGAGUGAAGCUUUGGAGCAAACAGGGAGGAAAGCCCGGUUGAUUGGUCAAGGGACACCUGAAGAAUUUUUAGUGUCUGCUGCUGUUGCCGAAUUCAAAGGUCCAGAUAUUUUUGGUGUGGUUCGCUUAGCUCAAGUGAAUAUGGAAUGUGCUAGGAUUGAAGCCGACUUUAGUGGGUUGUCGCCUGGAAAGCAUGGUUGGUCUAUCAAUGAAUAUGGUGAUCUAACAAAAGGUGUAGCUAGCACAGGAAAAGUGUAUAAUCCAACCACUGAAGGGACUGCAAAAGAGCCUCUAGGCGACCUGGGAACACUAGAUGUCAAUGACGAAGGCAACGCCUUCUUCACGGGUGUGAAAGAAAAGCUGAGAGUCUGUGAUCUGAUUGGCCGAUCCAUAGCAGUUUAUGGAACUGAAGAUAAAUCAGAUUCAGGUGUUGCUGCAGCAGUAAUCGCAAGGAGUGCCGGGGUUGGUGAGAACUACAAAAAGAUUUGUUUGUGUGAUGGAACAACCAUUUGGCAGUCAACUAACAGUGAUUUUGUUGCUAGCAAAGUCUAAAUACAUGCAACCGAGCUUUGUGUAGUUUAACUUUCACUUUCAUGCCAUCCUGGUGGUGGGAUGGUUAUCAUCAUCCUUAAUUUGCACUGUUGAGAUUACACAAAAGCGAAAAGUUAUUUAAUAAAUAAAAUCACCUUCUUGAUUGUGUUAAAGAAAGUAACCUAAUUGAUAUUUCAGUGUCGAACUUAUUUCAAUAAAAUUAUGUGUAUUUACUUUGA